GCGUUUACACGUAUAAUUUCUACUAUGUAUAUAGAGAGUUAGUUUUCAGAAAAUAAAAUAUAGUCGUCGCGUUCAAUAAUUACUAGGGAUUUUUUUCAGUGUAUUAACUAGUCGAACGUACAACGAACGGUUCAUGUGCAUGAUACUUUGAUAUUAGUAAGACUUGUGUGCGAAGAAAAAUAUAAAAGUAAUACAAUGCAAAAUCCUAAUGAAGAUACGGAAUGGAACGACAUUCUCAGGAGAAAGGGAAUAAUUCCUGAGAAAGCCAAAGAAAAAGAAGUGACAGAAGAUCAAAUAUUAGAUAUUGUAGAAAAUACAAUAAAUGAAAAAACUGGGCGGACUGCUAAUGAUUUAGAAAAUAAAACUUUGGAUGAAUUGGAUGAAUUGGAAGAUGAAGAAGAUGAGAAGGUUCUUUUAGAAUAUAGACGUAAAAGGAUAGCAGAAAUGCAGGAGUUAGCAAGAAAAGACAAGUAUGGAGAGGUUAAGGAGAUAUCUGGAAAGGAUUAUAUUCAAGAAGUUAAUAAUGCAGGAGAUGUUUGGGUAGUUCUGCAUUUAUAUAAACCAGGAAUUCCUUUAUGUUCGCUCGUCAACCAACACCUAGCUUCCUUAGCAAGAAAAUUUCCUGCAACAAAAUUCCUCAAAAGUAUUUCUACUACUUGUAUACCUAAUUGGCCAGACAGAAAUCUUCCAACUAUUUUCAUUUACCGCAAAGGAAACAUGGUUAAAAAGUUUAUUGGACCAAUAGAAUUACGUGGAAUGAAACUUACCGAAGAAGAAUUAGAAUGGAUGCUUGGUCAAGCAGAAGCAGUACCAACGCAAAUAGAAGAAAAUCCACGUCCGCAAGUAAAAGAUGUUUUAUUUUCUAAAUUAAAAGGUGAUAGCGAGACGGACGAUUGGUAAUUUCUUUUAAAAUUAGGUAAUUAUAAAGAUCAAUGAAAAGGUGCUAAAAAUGUAAAUAUUAUGUACCGAAAAAUAUUUCAUUUCUAUUAAUUUAUGUAUAUACAAGAAUUUAUGUAUAUACACUUAUUACAAAGUAUUAACUCCAAAAAUUUCAUUGCUAAUACCUUUUAACGGAAUAAAGUAUUUAAUUUUCCUAUUUUA